AUUUCUAAUAAUAAUAAUCUAGAAAUGUUGCAUCCAUCUAUAUAUAGAUACGUACACACACACUCCAAAUUCCACCUCCACCAUUAUUAUUUUUCCUAACUUGAAUUAAUACUACGGUUGGUUUCUCUGUUUCUAUUUUUAUUUAUUUUUCUUUUCAAGAAAUAAAAAAUAUAUAUAAAAUAUUUAAAAAUGAGCCUUCCCCAAAGUGCGAAGAGCCAGCCGUCAAAAUUCCACAAGAAACGGCUGAGCCAGGAGCAAGUGCGGCUCCUGGAGGCUUGUUUCGACGCCACCAAGAAGCUCGAGCCGGAGCGAAAGUUCCAGCUGGCGCGGGAGCUCGGCGUGCCGCCGCGCCAGAUAGCCAUUUGGUAUCAGAACAAGCGAGCCCGGUGGAAGAACCAGGCUCUGGAAGUCGACUACGGCGCCCUCCAGCUGCGCCUCGAAGCCGCACUAGUCGAGAAGAAGCAGCUCGAGAGGGAAGUCGACGCCCUCCGGCUCGAGCUCAAGCGAGCCGAGGACAUGCUGUUUGGGUCCUUCAGAGAAGCCGCUCAGCUGAGCCAGCCGAACCACGCCGGUCCGCAGGUUUCGUCUCUGUCGAGCUGCUGCGACGAGGGCGCCGCCAGCUCGAGCCUGAAUGAGGACGUCGGCUGCUCAGUUAAAUGGGGAGCUGCCGCCGCCGCCGGGGGGGAGACGUUGCAGUAUGAGGAGCUUUAUGCUUGUUUGAUGCUGGGUGGGGCCAAAGGAUCCAACGGCGGACAAAUUCCCGAGGGGAUGAACUACGAAAGAGAUUUUUGGGUAUAAAAUUAUUGAAUUAUUGAAAUUAAUUAUCAUGGUCGAGUGCAAAAAUUAAAACUUGAAUUAUUAGUGUUAUAUAUAUACAUACACAUAAUAUAUGUAUUUGGGUGCAUGAAGAUCAUCAAGGGUUGAUCAAUAAAGUGUUUAGUUUGAUAAUUUAAUAAAUUUUGUUGUAGCCUCAUCACUUUUCAUCAUUUUAUUCUUGUAAUUUCAUUA